AAUCCCUCUAGGCAAAACCUUAAGUUACAAAAAAGACACACAGACAGAAAUAGUCAUUCUAUUCAGCACAGUUCUUUUCUCAGCCAUUUAAAGAAAUCAUAAUCUAACACAUACCUAGCUAGAUUACUUACUAAAAGUUCUAAGACUCCAUUCCUGUUCUAUCCCCAGCAAAAGCAGCAUACCGAUAGGCACAGACCCUUUGUUUCUCUCCCUCCUCCCAGCUUUUGAAAGUAUCUUGUCUCCUCAUUGGUCAUUUUGGUCAGGUGCCAGCGAGGUUACCUUUAGCUUCCUAACCCUUUACAGGUGAGAGGAUUUUUCCUCUGGCCUGGAGGGAUUUUAAAGGGGUUUACCCUUCCCUUUAUAUUUAUGACACCCCCAAGAUUGAUAAAGGAAUUUUUCCUCCUUUUCUGCUUCCUCCUAGGAGAGCAAAUAUGUCAGAUGGAAAGCUGUUGGAAUAUUCUAUUGUACCUUCAGAGAGGGGGAGAUCUUACACUAAAUGUAACUUACUUAGGUCCAGUAAUAUGAGAUAAGUGAUCCAGUGAAAUCAAAAGAAUAAAUUGUGGAAGGCAGAUCUGUGAAUUAAUUUUUUUUUAAUCUCCAUUUAAAACAAGGGGGAUCACACGUGUCUUCUUUUCCUAAUGAAGAUCUCCCCAGGAACAGAUCGAUCAGCCUGCCUGCUUUCGGUAUAGGUGAGAUACUUGAUCAUUAACUCUUCUAUAACGUUUGGAUAAUUAUGUUUUCUCUCUCACUUUUGAUGCAUCUAACUUACUUCUUGUUUGUCCUGUUAAUCAUGUUGCUGCCUCCUCUGAGCAUCCUGUUGGGAUUGGCUGCCUGCUGUUCAUCCUUAGAUAAUGGUUUACUAAGGACUCCACCAAUGGGCUGGCUGCCUUGGGAACGUUUUAGAUGCAAUACCAAUUGCAAAAUUGAUCCUGGAAACUGCAUCAGUGAGAACUUGAUCAAAAGUAUGGCAGACAAGAUGGCAGAAGAUGGAUGGAAGGAGCUGGGUUACGAAUAUGUGAACCUUGAUGACUGCUGGUCUGCAAAGGAAAGGGAUUCCCAGGGCAGACUUCAGCCAGACCCAGAUAGGUUUCCAAGUGGUAUUAAAGCUCUUGUUGAUUAUGUACAUUCCAAAGGGCUGAAAUUUGGAAUUUAUAGUGACAUGGGUAACUACACCUGCAGUGGUUACCCUGGGACCACACUGGACACCAUUGAUACAGAUGCCAAAACAUUUGCAGAAUGGGAAGUUGACAUGCUGAAGCUUGAUGGCUGCUAUUCCAACUCAUCUGUUAAAGCAAUAGGCUACCCAAAGAUGAGCAUUGCUCUGAAUAAAACAGGAAGACCCAUCGCUUACUCAUGUAGCUGGCCAGCCUAUGAAGGAGGGCUUCCCCCAAAGGUAAAUUAUACUGUACUUGGUGAAAUUUGUAACCUCUGGAGAAAUUUUGGUGACAUCCAGGAUUCCUGGGAGAGUGUUGUAAAUAUUAUUGAGUGGUAUGGAAAUAACCAGGAUAAACUGCAACCUGCAGCUGGCCCAGGAAGAUGGAAUGAUCCAGAUAUGCUGAUUAUUGGUAACUUUGGCCUGAGUUAUGAGCAGUCAAAAGUACAGAUGGCAUUGUGGGCAAUCCUGGCAGCCCCUCUCUUUAUGUCCAGUGAUUUAAGGACAAUUUCUGAGGAUGCCAAGUACAUCUUGCAAAACAAGCUGUUGAUUUAUAUAAACCAAGAUUCUCUGGGGAUUCAGGGACAGCGCAUUAUACAGAGCCGUCAUUUUGAAGUAUGGAAGAGAAUCCUGUUCAACGGACAGUUUGCUGUAGCAGUGAUGAACAAUGGCACGGACGGCAUGCCAAGACCUUUCACAACCAAUUUUGCACAACUGGGUAUCCUGGAUUGCAAGGAGGGAUACAAGAUAUAUAAUGUUUUGGAGCGAAUGUUCUUAGGAGAUUUUGCACUCGAUACAACUAUUAACAUAGAAGUUACUCCAACGGGUGUAGUCUUGCUGUUUCUCAGGCCUUUGUGUUCUGUCACCUACUUUACAAAACCAGUCUUGAGAACCCAAGCACUUGAACUGCAAUAAAGAGUGUUAACUAGGGUAAUUACAAUGGAGUUCACUGUGGAUGGGAGCAAAGGUACAGGAGCUUUGAAUCAGAGAUAUUUAGUAUCAGGUGCAUUAUCUAAAAUACAUUUGAAAUGGCUGUCAUCUUUCAACUAGCACUAGACAAAUGAGAUCUUGAAGCUGCUUGAACUGCUAUUGUGGGUUCUAUAUUAGCAUAUAUCCAGAGGAAUACGUUGAGGCUGAGCCUGCAGAAGGGAAGAAAAACAGCACUUUCAAACAGUACAAAACCAAGUGGCUGAUCUUUGUUUUUUCAGGAACAUCUUGUUUUAAAGAUGAGAUUUCUCUUUGUACAAAAAACAAAACAAAACCACCACAUUGAAUGCUACAGACCUUUCCUUUGAUCUCCCCACAUAUAGAUGGUACAUAUAACUUUAUUUAGCGAGACCGCAAAGGCGGUCAGACCUGAAAUACAAUAUUCUCUCCUUUCCUCUCACCCUUUUUUUUUUCUUUUUUUUUCCUUAAGUGAGUUUGUUGCAGAAUGUUCCCCAACUGAUAGUGAAAUUAUGUGCUUCAUAAUUAAGGCUGCAGUCCAGUUGGGGCUAAAUAAGCACAGGUGGUUCCUAUUAAAAUGAGCCACAUACGUGCAGCCAGAGGAAGAAUGUAGUCCUUAAACUUUUGGCCCUUUUGCCACGUGACCCAAACAAAACAAACCUAAGAUGCUCGGGUUUUGCUGCAACAUGUAUUUACGUAACAAAAUGUGACAUUUGCACCUCCAUAGUCUCCCUUCCUGCCAGCUCCAUACUCGUGAGCCAAGAAAACACAGCGAUGGACAGGCUGUUUAAGACUUUGCAGACCUUUUUCUGGAGCACUGGUAUUUAUGGAGUUUUGUUAAUAACAGGGUAUUUAGAAUACAAGUUGUUUGGGUCUUUGGCAGUGGGACAGGCUUUGCAUUCUUUUUUGGGCCUGUCAACUUUCAUAGAGCAUCUUUUAAAAAAAAAAAUUACAGCAUUAUUAUUCUCUGUAUAAUAAACUGAAAGUCAACAUGCUCUAGUGGCCUGAAAACGUGGGAUUGAGAACCAGGAAUUUCUUACCCCUGCUUUGCCCCCGGAUGUACUUUGUGGCCUCAACUGAUCUGUGCCUCAGUUUCCACAUCUGUAAAAUAUAGUUCUGAAUGUUUUCCUACCUCACAGGAUUGUAGUGAGGACUGAUUUGUUUUCAGGUAAAUUAAAAUGCACUUUCUCUGUAACGUUUUGACACUUAGGCUUUUGAUAAGUUAAUUUUAUGCAUUUCCCCUUCAGUUACUCCAGAGUCAAUAGCGUAGUACUGGUUUAGUGAGGGAAGAAUCUGGCUUAUAGUAAUUAUUACUCGUAUCUAUUCACUCAUGUCUAAAAGUUUCACUAGUAGUCAGUUUAGAUAUUUUAAUUUUCAUCUUACUGCCAUUUCAUCUUGUUAUACUUAGGGUCAAGGAACCCCUUUUUUAUUGUUCAAGUGUAAAUCAACAAACCUGGUAAAGAAAAAUCAUAAUUACAAUUAUUUUGAAUGAAUGAAUGAAUUUUUUUGAAUGAAUUUUGAAUGAAUAAAGCAUUCUUAAAGCAGUGAGGUCACUUCUCAGCAUUCAUUCAUUUAAAAAGAAACUGAACUUAAAGUAGUGAUGUUUAAUGCAUGAAAAUUAAAUAUUGUUCCAAUCAUCAGAAUGUGUGUGAAAUACAUUUACAGUAAUGUGGAUGAGAAUACUUAAAACCACUUAUAAACACAA